AGCGCACCAACGGAGGCGGCACUACGUAGGUUUCUUGCAUCUUCCGCAGUUGUGCAAACUCUUCCCUCUCCCUCCUCAAAAGAAGAAAAAAGGAAACACACUUGAAGACAACAAAAAUGAUUUGUUUGCUUCUUUAGAUACUCAUUCAACACAUUUUGAUACACUCAAUAGGCUCGCGAGCUUCUCGGUUUGCUUCCACAUACCCGUGCCACUCACGAAUUUGCUCACUGAAGCGAUGGAAGACGAAGCGCGCACGCGAGCGACCACGACGCCGGCCGCCAUUCCUCACUUUUUAGGGUCCGUAAGCAUCUCCCUCGAGCACCUCCCGCCGUGGUACCAGCUCCUCUCGCUCUGUGGCGUCUUCGCGGUGGUUCACCUUCGCAACAAUGCCGUCAUUACGUGGCUGGUCGUGCAGCUGCACAGCUCUACUGGAACUGAGGCGAUCUGGGUCGAUGAAUACAAGAUGACCCUGCGCGUCAUGUCCUUCACCGAGCGGUUGUGCUUUUCGCUGUACGGCGUUACCCUGGCCGCCAUCGUGGCCGUGCUCUUUCGUGUCUUCUGCCAGGACACGUACAACAUCGGCCUGAACGUGGGGCAGCUUUUCCCUGAUAAACGGCUGCCAACGGCUGUGGUGCUCGUCCUGAUGUGCGUUGUGGACGGCAUUCGAUUGCACACCGUCAUUAUAGACAUUCUGAACUCGCCAGACUCGCUGGCGCACCUUGCUCUGCACAACUUUGUGGGGCUGGAGGCGACGGACUUUGAUCCAAGCGUGGCGGAGAGCAACCCGCAUUUUGUGAUUCAGUUUGAGCUGGCCCGCUCCUUCAUCUUCUCCGCGGCGCUGCGACGGCUGCCUGUGAUGCUGCUCGCUGCGGCCUACCGCCUCUCACGUGAUGUCCCGCGCAAGGCGCACGUUGCUCUGCGCUGGUACAUGGCGACCUUCGCCGUCUUCUUUCUCCUUCAAGAAAUCCUCUCCAUGUACCUUCGCUACGUCUGGUCGGACUGGAGCGCGUGGGCGAUGGUGGGCUGGGCGGUGGUGUUUCUCGGUGUUGUCAACUACACCUACGGGCCAUCCAAGCGCGCCGGCACGGUCGUUACCAUUUCCGCAGCGAACUGCGUGACGGAGGCGGUGCGCAGCCUCCUCACUUGCGCGGCGCUGUGGUUCAUCGUGUCCUUGGUGGUGCUCGCCUUUGUCGUCAGUGUGCACGAGGAGUUGGUGUUGAUUUGGCUCUUCAUCACCCUCUUGAUUCUCUGGACGCCGGCCAUCAUCGACUCCUGCGCGAUGGAUUACAUGACGUUCCUCUCCUUUGGCGCAGCGGCGGUGCGGCACGCGAUGGACAGUACGAGCACCGUCCCCUCCAGCGUGCGCUUUGGCGUGCUUGUUUUCCUGUGGUGGCUGUCGACCUCGUUGCUUUACAACGCCACCAUUCACAUUGCGUGUUCUCGCUACGUAGCGGCGGCGGUGGCGCUGUGCUGGUUCCUCUGGUCGCUGGCCCCACCGCGAGAGCUGUGGGAGAAUCCGCAAAGCACAGCACAGCUGGGACUGGAGGACGGCCACAGCGUGGUGCACCUCUUCACCGCCCGCAUCUUGUGGCUCCGCGCUGUGGCGAACUUCCACUCCUUGCCGGCCGGGUCUUGGAUGUACCACCGGUCCGACGGCGACAGCCAGAAGGCCUUUGAUCUCCUCCUCCACGAGGUGGUGGCGGUGUGCGUGGUGUGCGUGGCCAUCACCUCCGCGGUGCACUACAGUCUCAGCCCGGCGGUCCGCCUGCGGUGGCAGCAGCACGACAUCGUGAGCACGACCCCCAGCGUGCUCCUUCGCAAGGCGAUUCGAACGUUGGUCGUCGUUUUCUGCGUAGGCGCUUCUGUCGCGGCGUGGUGGAUGGUGCGACUUUACGUGCUGCCCAUGUGGACGCAGCUGCUACCCGACAUCAUUGGGAAGGGGCUGUGUACCGUUGCUGCCGUCACCACGCUUGGCAACCUCAUGGAUAUGCAAGACAGCAUGUACGAUGGGUGUGUGCGAGUACUGGGCUUACGGAAUCCCAAGAUGGCCGCGGAAGGUGGCGGCUCAUUGGUGUCCGAUGAGCCGACCACAACGCCCACCCCGCGAACACCGCGGUCUCGCGUGCGUGACCCGAGCACUUCCUUUCCCUAG